AUGGAGUCCUCUCAGCCCGCCCCUCCCACUGCCCAGUUCCAGGAUGUGCCGGCCAUGCUGGCGCAUUUUGGGGUGCUGGCGGAGGCACGGGCAGCCCUGGCACAGGAGGCAGAAGCUGGGCAGGAACGGCUGGCCCAGGGCAGGGCACGGCUCCAGUGGUACCAGGAGGAGAUGAGCACUGAGCUCCUGAGCACCAAGAAUGAGCUGGCCCAGCUCCACACGCACCUGGAGGCUGCCCACCAAGACGUGCUCCAGUGGGAGUCCUGCUGGGCCCGUGUCCAGAGCACAGCCACCCAGAAGACCCUGCUGCUGGGGCAGAUCAAGCUGGCCGUGCUGAACCUCUUCCAGCUCUCCACCGCACGGCUCAGGAUCCCCAUGGAUGUGGCCCUGGAGGACACCGAGGCCCAGUUGGACAUGUUGCUGCUCUGCCUGCGAGACCUGACUGACAUCUGUGCCAUCAGCAGGCACCCACUGCGCCACAGGGGUGCCAGGCUGUCUUGGAGUCAGGAAUAGCCCCUGGGAACGCCUGGCUGCUCCCAGGGCUAGGGGGAGGCUGCCAGGG